AUGAGACCACGGCCGCCGGCUCUCGUGAUCGGCCUCCUCGUCCUUGUACUACUCGCGGUGCCGAGGCAUGCCGCCGCGGCCGGAGGGGGCGACGGCGGCAUGGUGCGGACGGACGGCACGCGGUUCGUGGCGGGGGACGGCGACCGGACGGUGUACCUCAGCGGGUUCAACGCCUACUGGCUCAUGGAGAUGGCGUCCGACCCGUCGCGGAGGGGCGGGGUGGUGUCGGCGUUCCGGCAGGCGGCGGCGCACGGCCUCAACCUCGCGCGCACCUGGGCCUUCAGCGACGGCGGCGACCGCCCGCUGCAGUCCUCGCCGGGCGUCUACCACGAGGACAUGUUCCAGGGUCUGGACUUCGUCAUCGCCGAGGCGAGGCGGCACGGGAUAUACCUCCUCCUCUGCCUCACCAACAACUUCGACGACUUCGGCGGCAAGCGGCAGUACGUACAGUGGGCGAGGGAGGACGUCGCCGCCGGCGCCGCCGCCCACAACCUCACCUCCGCCGACGACUUCUUCAACAACACCCUCAUCAAGUCCUACUACAAGAACCACGUCAAGACGGUGCUGACGAGGGUGAACACGGUGACCGGCGUGGCGUACAGGGACGACCCGGCCAUCUUCGGGUGGGAGCUGAUGAACGAGCCCCGGUGCGGCGCCGAGCCCACGGGCGCCCUGGUGCAGGCGUGGGUGGAGGAGAUGGCGCCGUACCUGAAGACCAUCGACGCAGCCCACCUGGUCACGGCGGGGCUGGAGGGCUUCUACGGCGACGGUGCGCACGAGAGCAAGGACCUCAACCCGUGGGGCAUCUACUACGGCACCAACUUCGUGGCCACGCACCAGGCCGCCGGGAUCGACUUCGCCACCAUCCACCUCUACCCGGACGUCUGGCUCUGGGGCUCCACCGCCGACCAGCAGGCGCGCUUCUUCCGCAACUGGACGGCGUCACACGUCCGCGACACCCACUGCCACCUCCGCAAGCCGCUCCUCGUCACCGAGUACGGCAAGUUCCUCUGGGAGGAGGGCGGCGAGAACGCCACGUCCGCCACGCAGAGGAGGGAUGGGUUUCUCGGCAUGGUGCUCGACGCCAUCUACGAGGCGGCGUCGCGGGGCGGGCCGCUCGUCGGCGGCGCCUUCUGGCAGCUGCUACUCGACGGCGACGGCAUGGACGCGCUCAAGGAUGGGUACCAGAUUGUGCUCCCCGAGGACGCCCGCGCCGCCAGCAUCAUCAGCGAUCACUCCCAGAAGAUGGCCGAGCUCAGCAAGCAGGACGCGGCGGAGGCCGGUCGGCGACGGACGAGUAGGAGUGAGCCGAGGAAGAUUGGCAGCUGGGAUGGUACUAGUGGUUUCUUUUCGUUUCGUUUCAUUUCGCUGUUGAGAUCGGUUUCUUCACUGUUUGGUCCCCUAUAG